AUGAAGCUAGAAAAAAGUCCGUUCAGAGUGUGGUCAUAUGUGGUCAUCAUCUUGUUCCUCUGCGAUUCGGAAGCUCUAUUUAAAUUUACCAACAUCAAGUGUACUUGUUAUGAAAAGUCGUUCUGUGAGCUAAAGCGUUGUGAAUUAAAGGUAUUGGGUCGCGGCAUUGUGGGUCUUUUUUUGCAUGCCCAGGCCAAUCAGCUGCCCAUUAAGACCUCGUCGUGCGUUCUCACCUUGUUCCGAAGAUUUAAUGGGUACAGGCCAUUUCUCUACAAUGUCACCGUCGAUAUUUGCAGCUUUCUGAAAAACCGAAAGCGCUAUCCAUUUUUCAAUUUGGUAUACGAUGGUAUACGGAACUUCAGCAACAUAAAUCACACCUGUCCCUAUAAUCAUGACAUAAUAGUGAACCGAAUGGUACUGAAUGAUAAUAUGAUGGUCAAGGUUCCUGUACCGAAUGGCUUUUACAAACUCAAGUUUAACCUGAAAACAGAUGGCGUUUGGAGAGGAGAAGUUGAAGUCCAUGUGGAGGUUAAUUUGGGAUUCGAUCGCUAA